GUGAGCUGUCCGUCAGAACACGGUAGUUGUUGCUCAAAGUGAAAGCUGCGGGAGCGACUGACUGAGACGCACGGCAUAGGAAACUUCCUUUCCAGCCCAAACAUCAAUUUUACUGCUUCAGAAACAAAAAUACACUCCUCGAGAGAAAUGGUCUCCUGGAUCAUAGACACUUCCUGGAAAAAACUUCAGAAUCCAUUCAUCGUUGGAAUAGUAGCAAUAUUGUUGAGCCCAUGGUUUAUCAGAAGACCUUAUACUUGGGUAGGAAAUCUUGUAAAGUGGCUAUUUAGGAUAAGAAACAAAAAGAACACUGCCGUUGGUCCUUUAAUGGAUCUUUUGGAAUAUGGAAAAAUCGAAUGGAAGGGACACACCAAGCAAGCUGAACAGAUGAGAAAGGCUUAUGAAGAUAUUUAUUUGGGGCACAACAUUAAAAACUUGCGAAACAUCAGAGGAGAUAACUACUGUGCAUUGAGGGCAGUUUUGUUUCAGGUUCUCUGCCAGGGUAUACCUCUUCCAUCAUGGAUGAGGGAACAGGAUGUAACCAAGAUUCCUGAAAAAGUAUUUACACAAGGCUGCAACUGGGUACAGCAAUACAGUUUUGGUCCUGAGAAAUAUACUGGGAGUAAUGUAUUUGGAAAAUUACGCAAGUGCCUGGAAUUGUUUAAAGGGCAGUGGAUCAACAUUCACGGAAUUAAGGACCAUGAGAAAAGAACAGAAAUGUGUAUGAAAUUAUUCAGUGAGCAGGAGAAUGAAUACAAGAUGUUCGAAGCCAUGAAAUUUCUUAUGUUGUACAUUGUGGUUGAGCUUCAUGAGAACAUGAAAAAUGGAGAAGAUGUUCCCAGUUUUUGUGCUUUUUUCUUUGCUCGUGAUUCUUCACCUGAUCCUUUAAGUUUCAUGAUGAACCAUCUCAACUAUGUUGGUGACACAGGUGGACUGGAGCAGAUUGAAAUGUUUCUCCUUGGAUUCACAUUUCAUUUGAAGAUCAAAACCUUCAGACUCUACAAGUAUGGCACUGAGGAAUUUGAAUCAUGUUAUCCUGAAGAUUGCCAUAGAGAAUGGCAUGAAGUUCUCCUUCUAACUGAGGAUGACCGGCAUUACAAUGUUCCCAUUACCUGGAGCUGAAUUAUAUUAGAGAUUAACUGAAUUCCAGAGGUGAGAUAAAGUGACUGCCCUUGACAUCAAGGUAGCAUUUGACCAAGUGUGGCAUCAAGAAGUCCUAAAAGAAGUCAGUGGAGAAUGGGGAAAGCACUACAGUGGCUGGAGCCACAUCUGGCAUAAAAGAAGAUGGUUUUGGCUCCCGGAGACCAAUUAUCUUAGUCACAGGAGAAUUGUAGAAGUUCCUUAGGCUAGCACCCUAGGCCCAGUUAUUUUCAGCUACUUCAUUAUUGGCCUUUUCUCUAUCAUAGAGUCAGAAUAGGGGUGUCUGAUGAUGAUUAUACAGUAUUCAGCACCAUUACCUCAGAUACUGAAGCAGAAUAUGCCAACAAGUCCUGGACAACAUCCAGGCUUAGGGCAAGUAUCAUUAAUGCCAUACGCUGCCAGUCAAAGAACAUUUUCAAGAAGAGAGUCUAACCACCUCACCUUUCAAUAUUACCAUGGCUAAAUCCCCCACCAACAAUAUCCUGGAGGUUACAAUUGACCAGAAACUCAACGGGAACAGCCAUGUAAAUACUAUACUAGGCUAGGUAUUCUACAGUGAGUGGUUCAUCUCCUGACUCCCAAUGCCUCUCCACAGCCUACAAGACAUAAAUCAGUUUUAUGGAAUAUUCUCCACUUGCCUGGAAUGGGUUCAGCUGCAACAACACUCAAGCUCGACACCAUCCUGGACAAAACUUGAGUGGUAGUCUGUUCACCAGCUUAAAGAGUUGCUUCCUCCACCAGUGGCACACAGUUGUAAUGUAUACUAUCUACAGGAUGCACUGCAGCAACUUGUCGAGGCUUCUUCAACAACACUUCCCAAACCUGCAAUCUCCAGCACCUGGAAGAACAAAGGCAGCAUGGGACACCUUCACCUCCAAAUUUCCCUCCAAGCCACAACCCAUCCAGUUUGGACAUAUGGACUGCAGUUCAAGAAGGCAGAUUACCGUCUCAAGUCUUGUAGGUUGUGAAGAGGAAUAGUUAAUAAAUGAUAACCUUGUUAGCGACAUGGAUAUUCCCAGAAUGAAUAAAAAUAAUUUUAAAACUUAGCUUGUAAUAGCAUCAAUUGCAACGCAAGACUGUUUGGUGUUUUGAUAAAUGAAUCUAUAUUUAGAUGGGGCAAUACAGAAAAUAAAACACCUUCUUUGUCUUUUAUGACAUUAGGAGAACAUAACCCCUACAUCCAAAGCUUACGACUAAUGUUAUUUUAACGACAAUUAAAAGAAUGUGGGUUAAUGGUGAUCAUCUGGCACUCCUCAAAUCUGAUGUUCACUACAAUUCCAAUUUGUAAUAGUACAGUUGAUCUUUUUUUAGAUACUUACAAAAGUAGACAAAUAAACUGAUUUUUAUUCUAUCAGAAUUGCACAGAGUUCCAAAAACGAGAGAUGGUGAAUGCAGUGCACAAAUUCCUGGAUUAAAAUUUGUUAUAUAUUCUGUUCUUAUUGUGUUAAUGCAUAGAGAUAUUUUCUGACAUGGGUUUUAUGAAAUAUCAGUGGAUCCAGCAUUUGGUUUCAGUACUGUAUUCUGGAAUUCCAGAGAAGUGGACUGUCACUAUAUUUAGUCAUGUAAUACAGGCUACUGAAGCCUCAUACACUCCACCAUCAGGUGGUAUAAGUUACUGCACUUCAGUUGCAGGGUUAGCAGAUUCAGGGAGGCUUUUUUGUAUUUUUUCAAUUCACUCAUGAUAAUGGAAAUAUUGUAAUAAAGCUAUUCAAACAUAAGGACAAACAUUUAUGACAAUAAUAUUAAGCCUUAGAGAACCUUCAGCCACCUCUCUGAAAUUUGCUCUUCAAACUUUUUGGUCACUCCAACAUCCUUUCCCCUUUUUAAAAAAAAAAAUCUCAAAGCUUUCAAUCACCCCUUUUAAUUCCUUCACCCCAGCUUGGUUUCUGUUCCCUCGCACACAUCUGUAAAGCCCCUAGGGACCAAAAUAAAUCCCUGAAAUAUAAUCAUUUUAAGAUAGUUAACAUGUGGCACAUUUUGGUCUGACAACCUUGAUGUGUCAAACAUCUACUUUUGCUCCUUGGCAGGAGGGAUAAAGAGAUGAUUUCUGAACAGGUGUGUAGGCUAUAUCAAAUCAGGAAAAUUUCUGGAGUAAUUUCUAUAAUAUCAAAAUGAUUCAAAAACCGGUUGCAGUUGUAGUUUGCAGAGAAUCCUUUUGUUUAUCAGGAGAAUGGCAUUAAGUUUGAGAGUUGGCUCGGAUUCUUUGAUACCAGAAACUAAUUAGUCAAAGUUUGCUUAGCAGCUAGCUGCGUAGUCUCUCUUGGAUUAGAUGAGUUUGUUAUAUUAAAUGCAUAACUGUUUGAAGGAAAUGCUUGAAAGUCUGAACUUGAGGGAGAGGCAGAAAGGAUUCUCAGUUUAAUAUCUUAUCCAAAACUUGGCACUUCUAUAGUUCAGCAUUCCCUCAGUACUGCAUUGAAAUCUCAGCCUCUAUACAUUAUGUUCUGAGCCCAUUGUGUGCAUUUUGAACCCACGUGCUUAUCCAUCUGAAUAGGGUACACCAUUAAGACAAUCUAAACUCCAAGGGCAGGAUUUUCCGGAUGAUGGAAUCGCCACCUGAAAAGUUGGCAGGGAACCUAGCCCUGUCGAUCGUAACGGGCAUGGAGUCAUUUAAUACUCGGGCAGAAGUUCUGCCUCAGAGAGCAGCCAGCCAAUCUGAUUUCUAUAUGCUGGAGUCCAGGUGAGGUAAGUGUGGGGGGGUGCUCGCAGCAGGGAGUGGAAGUGAGGUGAGGCUUCAGGAAGGUGGGGAGAGGUAUUGAUGGAGAGGCAAGUGGGGAGGGUGCACCCAUAGGGCAGAACAUAGGGGGAGGGGGUUCACUUAAUGUGGAAAGGGGGCCCUUGAGGGAGGCCCCCUUUUACAUCUGAGGCCCAAGCAGGGUCACAGCUUUUCCCCCGCCCCAAACUCCUGCCAGUCUCAAAAUUGAGGCAGGAAGUGGCCCAGCUGAGACAAGGACAGGAGGGCCACCCAAGGGCUCACCCUAUAAAAGUGCAAUCAGGUCGAGGACGGGCAGGAAGGCCAUCUGGAGAAAUUUAUGGGUCCCCCACUUGCAUACCUGUAAACAGGUGACUGUAAAAUUCUGCCCCAAGAUUUGCUUUGGUCUGAGUUUGUGGCAUUGUUAGUCUGAAAUGACCUGGUUGGAGGUCUAUGAUAGCAGUGUUGGGUUUUCCUCCUACGUUAAAACUUAACACCAACAAACUUCUUCUAAUGUUGCAUUGUUUAUUCUAGUAGUAUAAUACUUGACAGCGAUUCAAGACAGUGAAAGAAAUAAUUUGGUGCUUUUGAUGAAUUGACUGUCCUUCAAAAAUAUUUCAUUGGCAGCAAAACUAUUGGAAUGUCCUAAGGUUUUGAGCGGCACUAUGGAAAUGCAAGUUUUCCUUUAUGCUGACUGAUGAUGCAUUUGUUCCUUACACUGUUUGUUUCCUCCAUAUUCCACCUCAACCAUCACCCCUCCCAGGAAGCAGAAAAAAAGGUUGUGUUACUUUAGUAUUUAAGACAGUCCUUUUGAAGUAGUAACCUACAGUAAUAUUGGGUGUUCUGAUUUUGGUACCAGUGGCAAGCUCAACUUUCAGUGGCUUCUUUGCUUCUUGUUGGCAACUUAGAGAAUGUUGUUUCCACAACUGGUUUAUAUUUUUGUGGUUGCGCUUAGUCAUGAGCUUUGUACCAUAUAUGAAAAUUUAGAUGACAACAUAGUAGUUCUGUUGAAUCCUUCCUGUAAUUCACAACAAUAUUAUGAACAAAUAGACAGGAAAGCCAUUUUAAAAUGAUUUAGUUUGAUGACUUUAUCAAGUAAAACUUAAUUUCUGUUAUUUCUCUCAGAAAUAUGUGGUGGGAAAUUAAAUUUACAUCAUUUAUGCAUGUAAUUCUGGGUAUCUUGUUCACAAAAUCUUGCACUUCUACCAAUAAUGAAAGAGAUGUUAUUUACUAGUUUUAAGAUCUUUUAGUUUUGAUAAAUUGUGAUAGAUUAUAUAUUCCAUAAUGUCUAUGAGUCAUUAAGAUUUGGGUACUGUAAAAUAAAUCUGCCUUCAAUAUAGAUUUAUUUGUUUUGGAAUAUGGAAAUGCAUGGUAUUUGCAGAAGAUCUUUUCAUGCCGCUCUGUUUAAGAUCCAAGUGUUGGAAAUGUUUUGCGAUAUUCUUGUAUAUUUUAUGAUACUGAACUGCUGACAACCCCUUAAAAGCAGGCUUAUUUGUUCAGCCGCAGCACAUUCCAGUUGUGUAAGGUAGUGCUGUACUCAUCCAGACUGUAGAUUUCCCAGUUUUCCAUUCCUGUCAAAAAAUAUUAGACUCUAAAUUGUCUGCUUUAUAAAAGGUGAGAAUAAACUGGGGUGUUGUGUUACAAUAAAUAGAAAUAUUUUUUAUUGUGGGAUCAUUCAUGCACUUUCAAAAAAGUUGCUAAACAUAAAAAUGUGACUGAAGAAUGUUUAAUGUACAAGCAUUUCCACAAAUGCAAUAGUGGAUAAUCAAAUUCGUGUUCCUGAUAUUUUUAAGUUGCUCUUUUUUUGUUUUGCAAGACAUGCAAUUCAUUUCUUUUAAAUAUAGUCAUUUGUACUGAUUUAUUACUAAGCUUAUUACUAAAACAAAGCUUGAUAAUAUAAAGUUGAGUAAUUUCAUUAUUUUACAAAUAUUGAUUUUAAAAUUAUAUUCAAUUUUUUGUGGCUUUGGAGAUUGAAACAUUCGUAUUGAUGUAUUUGAGCAUUUGUUGGAAUUGGCCAUGCACAAUAAAGUAUUUUUAAAUUCU